AUGAUACAAAAUGAAGGCUACCCUUAUAACUAUAGCAACAAUCUCAACUGCUCAUGGACCAUCCGUGCAUCCUCUAUGGAACAGGUCAUCCUCACCUUUUACACGAUCAUGGUGGACGACUGCGAAAACUGCGAAUGUGAUUAUGUUCAGAUAAGAGACGGUCCUGAAAUGUCAAGCCCAGUAAUUGGUAAAUACUGUGGAGAGAUCACGCAGCCAUUUUCUGUCAUAUCAUCAGGCAAUGCCAUAACUGUAGAGUUUAUGACGGAUGAAACCAGCGAAGGAGAAGCCUUGAAUGGAUUUACAGCAAACUACACAUCUAUACCUAUGUGUGGUGGGAACUUCACAACCAUGAACGGUACCAUCAUGUCCCCUGCUAUUAACAACAUGUACCCACACAACGCAGACUGUGUAUAUCAGAUCACUGUUCCUCCAAUGUACCAAGUCUUCUUCAAAGUAGAGAGGUUAAUCCUACAGGAUAAAGGAGAGGACAAUAUCUGCUCUGACUAUCUGCAGCUAAAGGAGACUGCGAGUGGUAUGGACUUGGGCAGAUAUUGUGGAGAAAUGGACAGGUUUAGCGUUAUAACAUCAGGAAACACAGCCUACGCUAGGUUCGUCUCCGACAACCUGACCACGGCACAAGGCUUCACCGUGUUCUGGGAUGCCAUUGACUGCACAAAUGAAUACACAAUGGCCAGUGGAAUGAUCAGCUCUCCGAGUUUUGGAGGUUUGUACCCUUCUAACACCAACUGUACCUAUAGAAUCACAUUACCAGCAGACAAGAAUGUCUUCCUGAAGUUUUCAGUAUUUGAACUAGAACAACAGGCAGUGGAGGACUCUGUGGAAACGCCAGGACGGGAUUGCGCCGACAGUCUGGAGAUAUAUGACUCUGGCAGACAAUUGGAAGCUUAUUGUGGCCUCAGAGAUCCCUUCAGCAUUAUGUCUACAUCUAAUAUGUUGUUUAUGACAUUUAUGACAAAUUUUCCUUUCAACCGUCAAGGAUUCAUGGCGGAAUAUGAAACUUCAGAUCCUGAAAUGAUAUAUACUGACUACAGUGGGAUGAUCACGCCUCCCCUGUUUCGAUUUAUGUAUGCACAUAACAUAAACAAGAAUUUCACCAUCGCCAGACCACAAAAUGAGCCCAUCUUCCUGACAGUGAUCAAUUUUGAAGUGCAGGAGGCGGUCAAUGGUACCUGUGUGGAUUAUAUCCAGAUAGGCUUUGACAGAACGUGUGGAGAACAAGACCCCAUGAUGUACCUCUUCUAUGGAUCUGUAUCAUUUAGCUUCGUAUCAGAUUUGUCCAUUUCCGGUGCUGGUUUUCAAGCCCAGUAUGACGUAUGCAAUACGACCAUCACUGACGAGUCUGGUAUGCUUCGCUCGCCUGGUUACCCUGCCGUGGUAUAUGAAAAUAUAACAUGUACCCGCACACUCCGACAAACAUAUCAACGGGUAUUCGUCAUCGACUUCACUGAUUUUCAACUCCCUCCCAAAGUCAAUGGAGCCUGUGAAAGCUAUGUCAUGAUAACUGACCUACAUACUGGGGUCAUUGGGAUCACGACAGAGGUCAAUGGCCAGAUGAUGAUGGAGACCAGACUUUGUGGAAAUCGAGGUCCUUUUAACGUCACAAUCAAAGCCAGGGAGAUCAGCAUCAUGUACAAGUCCCUAUUCUCAAGAAACACGUUUGGUUACAGCAUGAACUUCAACAUUUCCGAUAUACGUGAGUUUUAA